CACACACACACACACACACACACACACACACACUGAGAUACACAAGUCAAGCAACAAGACCUGACCUGAUAGAGGUCACUAGACAACCACGACAAGGGACUAAGCGGAGAGGCAGCUAGUAAGCUACGCUGAAUGGUAGCUUCGGUCCCUAAAUGGUGGUGUGACUUUCGAAAUCAAAGAGGAGACACCGCCAAAACAAAAAAACAAAAAAUAUAAAUACUAGCGUUUCGACAACUUUUCAUUUUCUCUUCUUUCCGGUUAUCACCUCACGUUCACGUCUCUCUCUUGCCUCACCUGCAGUCGUCGACAAUAAAAUCCACACCAAACCCAACCUAAACACUCUCUAAAAAAAAUGCACGGAUCAAGCUGCCCCAAGUGCGGAGCCGCCUCAGACGGUUCUUCCAAGUCGUGCGGUUCCUGCGGUGCUUCCUGCCCCAACUAAACCAGCAAUCCGGCAUAUACCAAGACGGAAAGCAUCAACAACAACAAGGUCACUACCAUGAGAUGAGCUGAGCUAAGUCCCGAUCACUCCGGGGCUGGGGGUCCAUCCGUCUUAUGCUUCCCUUACGGAUGGAUGGCAAGACUGGAGUAGAGUAGAAUGGAGUCUUUCUUGUGUGGGAUGUACAUACUUCUGAUCUUUUUUUUUUCUUGUUCGCUCCCAAAUAUCAAAGUAUCAAGAAGACAAGACAAGACAAGACAACAAGCAGACUUCUGUCCUGGGAGGAAGGGGAGGGGAGGAGAAGGAGAAGGAGAAGGAGAAGGAGAAAGCGAGCGACGGACUUUUGUCUACGUCGUUCGGUUGGUUGGUUGGUUGGUUGGUUGACUUGACUAGAGGUACCAAACCUUACCUUGCCUCCUACCCAGAGCUAGAGCUAGAUACCUGAAUGAAUAUUUACCUCCUGCGUCGAGUAGGUUAUCAAGGAACUGAAGAACUGAAAGGAAUUGACAGCGGGGAGCGUAUAUAUAUUUAUAUAUAUUCUUUUG